AUGGUGGCAGCGCAGCAGCAGAAGCCGGCUCUGUCCUCCUCUUCCUCAGCAGCAGAAUCCAGCUCUGUCCUCCUCUUCCUCAGCAGCAGCAGAAUCCGGCUCUGUCCUCCUCUUCCUCAGCAGCAGCAGAAUCCGGCUCUGUCCUCCUCUUCCUCAGCAGCAGCAGAAUCCGGCUCUGUCCUCCUCUUCCUCAGCAGCAGAAUCCGGCUCUGUCCUCCUCUUCCUCAGCAGCAGCAGAAUCCGGCUCUGUCCUCCUCUUCCUCAGCAGCAGCAGAAUCCGGCUCUGUCCUCCUCUUCCUCAGCAGCAGCAGAAUCUGGCUCUGUCCUCCUCUUCCUCAGCAGCAGCAGAAUCCGGCUCUGUCCUCCUCUUCCUCAGCAGCAGCAGAAUCCGGCUCUGUCCUCCUCUUCCUCAGCAGCAGCAGAAUCCGGCUCUGUCCUCCUCUUCCUCAGCAGCAGCAGAAUCCGGCUCUGUCCUCCUCUUCCUCAGCAGCAGAAUCCGGCUCUGUCCUCCUCUUCCUCAGCAGCAGAAUCCGGCUCUGUCCUCCUCUUCCUCAUCACAGCAGAAUCCAGCUCUGUCCUCCUCUUCCUCAGCAGCAGAAUCCGGCUCUGUCCUCCUCUUCCUCAGCAGCAGAAUCCGGCUCUGUCCUCCUCUUCCUCAGCAGCAGAAUCCGGCUCUGUCCUCCUCUUCCUCAGCAGCAGAAUCCGGCUCUGUCCUCCUCUUCCUCAGCAGCAGAAUCCGGCUCUGUCCUCCUCUUCCUCAUCAGCAGCAGAAUCCGGCUCUGUCCUCCUCUUCCUCAGCAGCAGAAUCCGGCUCUGUCCUCCUCUUCAUCAGCAGCAGAAUCCGGCUCUGUCCUCCUCUUCCUCAGCAGCAGAAUCCGGCUCUGUCCUCCUCUUCCUCAGCAGCAGAAUCCGGCUCUGUCCUCCUCUUCCUCAGCAGCAGAAUCCGGCUCUGUCCUCCUCUUCCUCAGCAGCAGAAUCCGGCUCUGUCCUCCUCUUCAUCAGCAGCAGAAUCCGGCUCUGUCCUCCUCUUCCUCAGCAGCAGAAUCCGGCUCUGUCCUCCUCUUCCUCAGCAGCAGAAUCCGGCUCUGUCCUCCUCUUCCUCAGCAGCAGGAGGUCUUUGUGUGUUGA